AGCCUUUUGCUCUUUCCUUUCAUUAAACAAACAGGAGAUCCUGAAACCUGGACCCUGUGCAAGCUGCAGCGCCAGGAGGAGGCAGCGGAGGAAGCAGAGCGCGGGAUGGGCGCCCAGCGGCAUCUGUGAUCCCGCGCACCUCCGCCCCACGGGCGCGCGCACAAACACGGACACACACAUACACACACUCGCGCACACACUCGCACACACACUCGUACACGCCCGCGCCGCUCGCUCGCCGGCUUGCUCUCCCACGCAAGCGGAAUGCAGCAGCGCCUGGAGAGCGUGUCUCGGACCGCCGCCUGAAUGUACCUCGCUCCCGGGAGCCGGACGGCCCAGUAGGGCGCACUGGAGGACGCUCCGCUGCGGGAGCCUGGACAGUUUUUGACGGUGCAGUCUUGCUAUAUGGUGUGAGAAAUGGCUGUAGGAAACAACACUCAACGAAGUUAUUCCAUCAUCCCGUGUUUUAUAUUUGUUGAGCUUGUCAUCAUGGCUGGGACAGUGCUGCUUGCCUACUACUUCGAAUGCACUGACACUUUUCAGGUGCAUAUCCAAGGAUUCUUCUGUCAGGACGGAGACUUAAUGAAGCCUUACCCAGGGACAGAGGAAGAAAGCUUCAUCACCCCUCUGGUGCUCUAUUGUGUGCUGGCUGCCACCCCAACUGCUAUUAUUUUUAUUGGUGAGAUAUCCAUGUAUUUCAUAAAAUCAACAAGAGAAUCCCUGAUUGCUCAGGAGAAAACAAUUCUGACCGGAGAAUGCUGUUACCUGAACCCCUUACUUCGAAGGAUCAUAAGAUUCACAGGGGUGUUUGCAUUUGGACUUUUUGCUACUGACAUUUUUGUAAACGCCGGACAAGUGGUCACUGGGCACUUAACGCCAUACUUCCUGACUGUGUGCAAGCCGAACUACACCAGUGCAGACUGCCAAGCGCACCACCAGUUUAUAAACAAUGGGAACAUUUGUACUGGGGACCUGGAAGUGAUAGAAAAGGCUCGGAGAUCCUUUCCCUCCAAACACGCUGCUCUGAGCAUUUACUCCGCCUUAUAUGCCACGAUGUAUAUUACAAGCACAAUCAAGACAAAGAGCAGUCGACUGGCCAAGCCGGUGCUGUGCCUCGGAACUCUCUGCACAGCCUUCCUGACAGGCCUCAACCGGGUAUCUGAGUAUCGGAACCACUGCUCGGACGUGAUUGCUGGUUUCAUCCUGGGCACUGCAGUGGCCCUGUUUCUGGGAAUGUGUGUGGUUCAUAACUUUAAAGGAACGCAAGGAUCUCCUUCCAAACCCAAGCCUGAGGAUCCCCGUGGAGUACCCCUAAUGGCUUUCCCUAGGAUAGAAAGCCCUCUGGAAACCUUAAGUGCACAGAAUCACUCUGCGUCCAUGACCGAAGUUACCUGAGACGACUGAUGUGUCACAAGCUGUUUUUUAAAAUCAUCUUCCAAUUCUAUACUUCAAAACACACAGUUGCUCAAUGUCAAACUGUGAUGACAAAUAUUACGUUUAUCUAGUUAGAAGCUAAUGUUUUGUACAUUUUUUGUAUGAGGAAGUGAUGUAGCUUGCCCUGAUUUUUUUUUUUUUUUGGUCAGCUUUAAUAUAUUUAUGCCAGAAUUUUAAAACCAACAAAAUUUUCUUGUUCAAGCGUGCAUUGAAGAACCACAUUUAUUCAAUGGUUGACGUUGUUUUGUGAUAUUUGUACACAAAUUUUCUUUUCUCAGUUUUAUAAACACAGAAGUAAAUAUAACAAUUCACUUUAAACUUUUAUUACCACAGUUGCUGCCUCCUCCAGAAUUUUUGAAUUUUAAUAAAAGGCAAACUUUUGAGCUGCAGGAAGGACAAUGUUGGUUAAUAAUAAAUCUCAAAGUCAAUUGUAGAAAAAAAAUUGUCUUCAAAAAGAAUGUUGCACUCUGAUCUCUUAACAAAUUGUUACGUUCAAAGUUUAAAGUGAUAUAUUAACAAAGUCACCUAGUUAUACAAACAAUUGUCAGAGAAUUCUGGAUUUGGAGGGUAUUGGGGUUAUAUGAUUCUUUCUUAGAUAAUGGCCUCUACUAAAGAACUCAAGAUCUUUCUGGAAUGUCUUCUGGCAGGCAGGUGUCACUGUCAGCUUUUCUCCAAAAAGCAGCCAACAUCAGCCUCCCCUGUCAACUCAACAGUUUUGUAUCUCAUAUUAUAUGGACUUUAUAUGAAAAUGAAUAUUUUACAGUUUGCACAGUAUUAUUUUACAGAAAAGGAAUCAGAGAAUCUACAACAUAGGGCCCCAGAACAACAGUUUCACUUUGUGGCUUUUAAUUAUUCUAGAAUUUUAACUGCAUCUCAUUUUUCUAGCAUGGUGAGAACUAAUAUGUAACUCCUUUGAUUGAAGGAGCUCUUUUGUCCGUACCUAUCAGAAUGUUUUCUUGACACUUCCAUGUUGGCUCUUCUCAGCUUUUUUUGUACAUAUUUUUUUUUUCUAAAGAGAAGAAAAAGUUAUCACAAAAUGUA